CUUGCCUGUUACUGCAUUUCCGGACUGCGAUUACACUUGGUCGCAGUUUGGUGUUGUGUUUUAGCGUGUCAAGUUUUUGGCACCGUUGCCGGGGACCCUCUAGGUUAUUGGAGAAACGUGAAAGUUAGUUACUCUAGCCUUUUCCUUACUACAUUUUCUCUCUUCCACCUGUGUGCCUUCACAGGUUGCUUUUGCUGAUUAUGUGCAGGUAGUGCAUGACCCGUAGCCAGUCGGGAUAUUUACUACCAUUAGACCAGGAGCUUGAACGGACCUGUAGGAACUUCAAGCUGGCUCUAAAGGCGCGACUGGCUGCGAAGGAGGCGCUAGCACAGCUGCAAAUCGCCGACGAAGAAGAGAUGAGGGACCCACAGGACCAUGAUGCGGUCCUUCUUGAGGAGCAGACCAUGGGAUACUACCGGACUGCUAGAGCCGCGGACAUGAGGUCGCCCAUUCAGCACCCUCAUGUGCCACCGAAUAACUUUGAGGUGAGCACCUCUGUCAUCACCAUGCUGCGCGGUUUGGUGGUAUUCCGAGGCAAGGAGGGGGAGUGCCCCCAAUCACACCUGAGGCGAUUCCACGAGCUCAUCGAUGGGAUUAAGAUCAAUGGGGUCCCAGCCGAUGCAAUCCAGUUGUGGUACUUCCCGUUUACUCUGGAGGGGCAAGCCAAGGAGUGGCUAGACACUCGACCUCCAGGUUCGAUCACCACGUUCGCCAACCUGGCGGACAAGUUCCUCACUUGCUACCAUUCCCUGUCCAAGACGGCGGACCUGCAGAAGCAAAUCACACACUUUGCUCAGGAUGAAGAUGAGACCAUCCAGAAUGCUUGGGAAAGAUACACCAGUCUUUUCCUCAAGUGUCCCAACCAUGGUUUUACCGACGCCUUCAAGGUGGACACCUUCUAUCAUGCCCUCUUCCCGGAAGACAAACAGCUGAUUGACUCGGCUUGUGGCGGGAAUAUGCUCACCAAGACACCGCCACAGCUGAAUCAACUUUUUGAAGAGAUGGCAUAGCAGGGCUAUGAUUGAGGAACUGCGAGGAGAUUAAGACGAGAACCUGGGCGAGGUGUGCAUGUUGUAGCCACCCAGUCAUAUGAUUUGAUGCAGGUGGUAUCGAAGCUGGUUUCAGCCAUCGAUCAAUCGGGAAUGAUUUCAGGUACAGGACAGCAGCAGGCGAUGCACUGCCAGUGGUGCGAGAGCACCCAUCACACGGUGGAAGACUGCCAGACGAUGAGGGAGUCGACUACACCCCAGGAGCAAGUGAACUUCAUCAAUAAUGCUAGGCGCAAUGA